AUGAUUCGUUUGAGUUUGAUAAUUCUGUUUGUAGUAGACACGUGUUAUUCUGAUGCAGUAAUUGUAACGAUAGAUUGGAAUGAUAUUACACAUACAAGCAAUACAAGUUUAACGUUACUUGUAGUUGAAAAUCCCUUACUUCGACGUGAAUCACCGAUUCAUGAUACUGUUUUUCAAUCAUUGAAUCAAUUACAAACAGAUUAUACACGUUUUUUGACAUGGUAUCCUUAUCCGCGUUUAGCCGUAGCCGAAUUAGAACCACCAUCAGGUCUCUCACAAUGUAAAAAUGUUCCUUAUUUAUCUAAUCUUACCUUGACAUGUGCAUUAAGUGGUGGCCGAAUUAACAAAAUUGAGUUUGCAUCAUUUGGUACACCGACUGGUACUUGUGGCAAUUAUACAAUUGGCCAAUGUCAUUCAAAUAAGACAAUGAGCGUUAUACGAAAACUGUGUCUCUUUCGACGUAUUUGUACUGUCUAUGUUACUAAUGAUCUAUUUGAUGGAGAUCCAUGUCCUGGAAUGAAUAAACGUUUAGCCGUUCAGAUCACAUGCUAUCCACCUCAAAAUAACACAUAUUGGGAUUUCACUACUCUUGAUCCAUUAGUUGAAGAUUUUUUGAAUGCAACACAAGGUCAUUCGAGUAUUAUUGAUUUUUCUACGCAACCUCGAUGGUUGUACACUCUGCCUGCAAUAGAUCAAUAUCCUGAUUCAGAUGAUCAAGUUGAUUGGAACUAUCCAGCUGGAAUAGAGUUGAUUGAUAAAACAGGACAACAAAUUGGAGAUUAUUAUGGUCGUUUAGCGGCUUGGUAUACAAAAGGAGGAUUUAUCGAUGAAUACGGUAGAAAACACGUGAGUAAUCAUUAUUACAAUAUUUCAAUAUGGGAAGUGUUAAAUGAAGUGGAUUUUGAACAUUGGAAUGGAAUUGAACAGUACACACUUAUUUAUGAUAGUGUUGUAGAAAGCGUGAGAAAAAUGGUAGAUCCUGAACAAAAUAUUAAAUUCGUUGGAUUAUCGCUUGGAAAUCCUAGUGAAUUUACCAAAUUUUCUUACUUUCUUAAUUCGUCGAAUCAUCGUCCAAAUAUUCCACUAGAUUGGAUUAGUUAUCAUUUCUACGCUUUUCCAACGAGCAGAACGGAUCCACGUACAUACGAACAAUUCUUCCCACAGACAGAUGUAUUUGUAGAAAAAGUAAAAAACAUUGAAACAAUUCGUCGUGCAUUAUCUCCACUUACACGUACUACAAUCAAUGAACUCGGUGUCAUUCUACCAGAUGAUAAUAAUCCUAAUGCUGAAGCAAUUCCACUGAUAUACUGGAAUGCAGCUGCAGCUGCUUUUGCAUAUAUAUUCUGUCAAUUAGCACCACUUGGCAUUGAUGUUAUUGGUUCAUCUCAACUAGUUGGUUAUCCACAAUUGUCUGUAUUAGGUGGUUUAUCACCACAAUUUCCAUCUGUAGCACUAUUAGAUUGGAAUACUGGUAUUGGAAAUGCACGAUAUUGGACACUCACGCUAUUACAUUCACAUUUUCAAGCUGGUAGCAAAGCAGUAAGAACGGACGUCAGCGGCGUAGCACAACCGAGAAUUUAUGCUCAAGCAUGGGUGUGUAAUCAGCAAAAACAUAAAUUAUUAUUAAUCAAUACAAAGUUCGGUGAAGUAAAUGUCACGAUAGAAAACAGUGCUGGUAGUAUCGCAUGGAUAGUAGAUAAAUUUAGUAAUGAAUCAGGUGCACGAUCGCUGCGAAUGAGUAGUGAUACACUGUUGAUUACAGAAUAUGCGGUUGUUGUUAUUGAACUAGUAUUACCUCCUUCGAUCACUUUCAAGACUUACCUUAGCAUUUUAUAUAUUCUUUGGUUUGACGAAAAUUCGUUUAUUGUAGCAGCUGCGCUGAUAUUAUUAUUUAUGAUAUAUUACAAGAAAAGUUAA